AUGUAUAAAAUAUUAUUUAUUUUUUUUUCAUUAAUUAUUUUAGUAAAUUGUCAAUCAACAUGUAGAUUUGCACCAACAUAUACUUUAAAUGAUAUUUUAUAUAAUAAUAAUCAAUCAUUUAUAAAUGAUAUUAUUUAUUGGGAAGGAAAUUUUCAUCAAGAUGGAGCAGGUAUUAAUUUUGCAUGUGGAUAUACAUAUGAUGGUCAUGCAUUAAAUUAUACAACUGGUGAAUUAGCAAAUCCAUUACAUAAUUUUAGUGCACCAUCAAAAGAAUCUAUUCAUUUAGGUCUAUUAGCAAGAUCACUUUAUGAAUUUAUUAAUGUCAACGAACAAGAUUACCAAGCUAUUAAUUUCUUUCAUCAAAAUGUAGAACGUACACCAAUUGAAAAGAGUUUAAUAAAGCCAUCUGGAAAUUCAAACUUUGAUAAUGUUAUCACCAUUUUAUAUAGAAAGAUUCAAACUUAUGAAAAUUUCAAUAAAAACUUCCCAGGUUAUGGUGGAUUUCAUCCAUGGGUGUCAGUAACUGAUUCUGGUAUAUCGCCAAUUGAAGGAUAUUGGACCGGACGUGUUCCUGGUUUAGAUAAUGGUGAAAUGAUUUGGUCACUCUAUGCAACUUUUAAUUUAUUAACAAGUGAAUCAUACUAUCAAACCAACUAUCCAGAUUUAGGUUCAAGAUACCAAAACUAUUUCCAAUUACUUAUCGACAAUGCAAUGAUGAUGUUUUACAAUACAAGUAUAAAUUAUAUUAGUUCCGUGACUUCAAUUAAAGAUAUCUAUGCCCAACCAACACCAUCCAACUAUCAAAACGAUGGAGGAUAUCUCGAUGAUCCUUAUGAAGGUGAAACUUUAGCAGUAUUUAUGGACCUUUUCUGUCAAUGGGAAAAUGAAGAUCAACGUGAACAAAUGUGGAUCAAUAAAAGAGGUCUUUUAAAAUCAAUCGAAUUUUCAACACCAAAAGGUAACAUUACAGUUCAAAAAGGUUGGUGGUUUAGCUCACACGAACAAUGGAAAUACCUUUUAUUACCAUAUGACAAGGUUGAAAUUAAUAGACGUGUGUUUUUAAAUGGUGAAAGAGCCAGAACUUGGUUCUCAUUUAUAAACUCUUAUCCAGGUCUAUUUGCAUCGGUCACCAAUGUAUCUGAACCAAAUUCAAGUCCAAACUAUGUUAGUGCCACUGGUAUUCAAGAGAUUGCAUUUGAACAAGUAUUAACAAAUUCAUUAAUUACACCAUAUGGUUCAUUCCCACUAUUUUUAACCAACGAACCAUCAUUAGGUCUUAGUUGGUAUUAUACAAUGCUCAAAGGCAAUGCAAUGCAAAAUCCAUAUGGAUCAACCGAAUCAACAAAUAUUGAAGGCGAUGAAAUAAGUCCAGUUAUAACUUGGGAUAGUAAAAUCACCACAGUACUCUCAAUGUUGGGUGGUGUAAGCGAAAUUAACUACAACUAUUUACAAUUAAACUCUAAUUUCUCUCGUUUCUAUGAUAUUAUUAAUAGAGAAUGGUCUUUAGCUUUUCCACAAUUAAAUGGUGAAUCAUUACCAUUCAUGUAUCCAAAUAAUGAAAUUCCAACCAAUGACAAAUUAAAAGAUUUCACAAGUUGUCAAUAA